AAGUAUUGUUAAAACUUAAAAGUCACAUAUUCUAUAGUAAUUUCACAUUUAUGUCCUUAAAUUAUGGCUCCUGCACUGCCAGGCCUUUUUGUCAUUCUGAUGUCACAGCUUUAAACCAUGAUUAAAUAAUUUAUCCAGCUGAAGUAGCAGCAGAGGACUGACAGGACCAGACCACCAGGUACAAAGACCUGUCGCGCCCCUAAGAUCACAGAUGCUUAAACCCACCCGACCUGCUGGAGCCCACCUGCAGCUCAGACCUGUUUGCUUUCCAGGCCCAUGAUGUGAAACCGCCCAGCAUGUUUGGCAUCCCAACCUGACCUACCACACCGCCCCCCCAACCUCAUUUUGAGGCAUAAAAGCAGGCACCUUCCCAGCAGCUCUUCACUCUCUGCUCAGAGCCGACGACCAGCCAACCCUCAGCCAUGACCUCCUUCUCCAGCCGCAGCAGCUACAUGUCCUCCCCCGUGAGGAGCUCCGUCAUGAUGGCCCCCUCCAUGUCCUCCUCCUGCCUGGGGAGCAUGAGGGCCGGAAGCGUGUAUGGAGGAGCUGGAGGAUCUGGAGUCCGAAUCUCCAAGGCCUCCUUCUCAUCUUCCUCCUCCAGUGCUGGCGGUGCCUUCAAGCUGAGCGACGCCAUGGACGUCUCUGUCAGCGAGAAGGCCACCAUGCAGAACCUCAACACCCGCCUGGCCACCUACCUGGAGAAGGUGCGCAGCCUGGAGAAGGCCAACGCCGAGCUGGAGCUGAAGAUCAGAAAGUUCCUGGAGAGCAAAGCUGCGCCGGAGGCUCACAACUACAGCAGCUUCAACGUCCAGAUCAAAGACCUGCAGGACCAGAUCCAGUCCGCUACUCGUGGAAAUGCCGCCCGUGUCCUCGCCAUCGACAACGCCAACUUAGCCACCGACGACUUCAAAGUCAAGUUUGAGAACGAGCUGAUCAUGCGUCAGUCAGUGGAGGCCGACAUUUGUGGCCUGAGGAAGGUCUUGGACCAGAUGACUCUGAGCCGGGCUAACCUGGAGAUACAGGUGGAGAGUAUGACGGAGGAGCUGAUCUUCCUCAAGAAGAACCACCAGGAGGAGCUGCUGGCGAUGCGAGCUCAGAUGGGCGGUCAGGUGAACGUGGAGGUGGAUGCAGCUCCAGCAGAGGACCUCAAUAAGGUCAUAGAGGAGGUCAGGAAGCACUACGAAGCCACUGUUGCCAAAAGCCGCAAAGAACUGGAGGCGUGGUUCAAUGCAAAGACAGAAGACCUUCACAAAGAAGUCGCUAUCAGCACAGAAACCCUCCAGUCGUCCAAAUCCGAGAUCACAGAGGUCAAACGAACGCUGCAGAGCCUGGAGAUCGAGCUGCAGUCCCAGUUCAGCAUGAAAGCGUCGUUAGAGGCCACCCUGAAUGAGACUCAGAACCGGUACGCCAUGCAGCUGACGGGUUACCAGAACCAGGUCACCAUGCUGGAGGAUCAGCUGACGCACCUGAAGGCCGAGCUGGAGAGGCAGUCCCAGGAGUACCAGAUGCUGCUGGACAUCAAGACCAGGCUGGAGAUGGAGAUCGCCGAGUACAGGAGGCUGCUGGACGGAGAAACUAACAGCACCUCCACCACCACCAAGACGACAAAGGUCAUCACCAUAGUGCAGGAAGUGGACAGCUCUGGAAAUGUGGUGACCAGCAGCAGCAAAUAAAACAGGAAACACCUCCGACCAAUCAGAUGCUGUGAACUGAGUCUCUCUGAGGUUCUUCAAUAAAAAUGAAGUCUGACAUUG